AACUUGUAUGCCGUCCAAUUUUUCGUUGUUCUUGCCUGAUGGUCUGGAUGUGAUGCGUGUGCGCUAGAGGCGAAUCCGAUGCAGGGCAUGCAGGGCGGCCUGUGGGCGUCUGCGAGACCAACGGCAUUCCAGGCGGUACGUGACACCUGUUAUAUGCGCGAGCCUUCUCCGCACGGAAUAGGUGACGCAAGCCCAGAACAGGUUGCACCUUUUGGCAAUGCGUGGUACCCGCAGAAACAGGAGCUGCAAUUCCUGCAGAGUCAGCAGCUGCAGCAUCAGCAGAUGCAGCAGCAGCAACAGCAGCAGCAGAUGAUGCAACAGCAUCAGUUGCAGCAACAGCUGCAGCAACAACAGCACCAGCAGCACCAGCAGCAGCAUCAGCAGCAUCAACAGAUGCACUGCCAGCAAAUGAGGCAGCAUUUGCAAGAAAGGCAACACCUGCAGAUCCAACCGCGAGAAAAUAAUGACAUGUACCAAGAUGGCAUCAGCACCGGGUCUCUGAACUUCGGAGUGGUGCUGUACGACCUGGAGACCAUCCAUGACGCUGAACGCGGCAACUACGCGGAGAAGGGUCUCCACGAGUGCGCCCAAGACGAGCAGAUGGAAUGGAAGUCACGUUCACAGAUCAUCGAGUUUGCAGCCGUCAACGUGCUGACAGGGGAGAGCAUUUGUGUCCGAAGCCGGCCUGACUUUGGCUGGGAGGAAGUGAGGUCACAUGCGGCGCGGCUGUUUGCCGAAGACCAUGGCCACGCUGACAUCGUGCGAGAUCAGACGCUGCCCUUUUUCAAGGAAGUGUGGACGCACGAGGUUUUUCCCUUUCUUUGGCGAGCUGCCGGCAACUCCGGCAACUUGGCAAUGCUGGCUCACAACGGAGAUGCCUUUGACCACAUUAUCCUGGCAAAGGAGAUCAAGCGGCUGGAUCUAAACAUGGAAGGCGGUCCGAGUCUUCUGACCUUUGACCCCAUCCGCACGCUGAAGCGGCAAUACGGCCCCACCUAUGGAUCUGGCGGAGUGCUGGCGUUGCGCCAGCUGUACCAGGAACACGUGCCUGGGACACGCACACUCCGAGCACACCAGGCCAUGGAUGAUUGCCUAAUGCUGUUGGAGGUGAUCCAACACUGGGCUGAUUUGAACUUUCUGCUGGCAUCUGACAUCGCCUCCGAUCUGGGCAUGCCGCACAGCGAGGGGAUGAUGGAGAUGCUGAGAUAUCGCUUGAGUAAUCCAGUGGACAUUCAUCCGGCGGCACCUCAAGGUUCACAGACGUAUGGUCAGGAUGUUCUGACGCCAGAUGUGCCAUACAUGGCGUGGUCGGGCAUGGCCGGCAUGGCCGGUAUGGCCGGAGGCAUGGCUGGCAUGCCUCACAUGGCCAUGGUCCCAGACAACACUUACACCAUGCCAGUGCCGCAAGCGGUCUUGCUCUCCACUACAGUGCCGAGCGAAACUCAGAACGUUUUUGUGGGACAUAGCGGAUCGCACCGAGAGGAGCUGGCGAGCGACCGUGACCGUGACCGCACUGACACCCCGACCCCGGACUCCGAGAGGCCCCACGUCAGACUGUCUUCGCCCAGUCCAGGCACUCCAUCUAUGAUGGGGCUCAGGGUGGCUGAUUUGGAGGCAGAGCUGCUGGACCGCUCAGGAUGGGACUCAAGGUCCGAGAAGCCUCGCGCUCGGCGCGGCUUCCCCAUCGGCAAGGACGGCACCAAGCGGGACCUGGAGAACCCGGGCGUUUCGAACCCUUCCCCGUCGGGCGGCCCUGGCGGCCCUGGCGGCCCUGGCGGCCCUGGCGCUGGCGAUUGGAAGGACACGCCCAGCUGGCCCAAGAAAGCGCAAGGGAAAUGGAGCUCCCGUCCGAGUGAUGCUUCCUGGAGGGAUGAUGAAGAGAAGCUUGGCAUCGCAUUUGGGACAACCAGCUUGGUUUCUUGGUGUGGUGUCCCGAGGUGCUGGAAAUGGUCCGAGUGGGACGAGAAGUGGAGCUACGAUUCCCGGAAAGAAAAGAAGUGGGAGCGGAGCUGUGCAUGGGAAGGCCUGAGCCUUGACGGGGGAGAAAGGUCUCGAGCGUCCAGGAGUCGGAGACAGGAACAGUUGGAGGAUUUGGACGAAGAUGAGCAGGAUGCUCGACGUGCCCGGAAGAUCCUGCAGCUUCUACACCGGUUUUCGACCUGGGACGACUUGCCAAGGAAAGAAAGAAGGCAGUUCUCGAGCCUGGCUGGCCUCGACCUGGAGGCUGACGAAUCCAUCGAACUCGACCGGCGCCUGUGGCAGGACCUGCGGGGGCGUGUGCUCGAUUGCGACUCGUUGGAGCCGGCGCGAGUCUUCCAGCACAUCUCCGAGCUUGCGAGGAAGCCCUCAGAGGAGAGGAGAGAAGGACAGAAGCUGGAGGCGGACUCGCGGCGCCGUCGUGAUCGCCGCCGAAGGGAUCGCGACCGAGGACCAGCGAGUUUCAACACGCGCACGCAAGGCGAACCAAAUGCCUUCUGCGAAGGAGCCCUCACCCCGUCGGAAGGUGCGCCUGGCGAGGGAGGAGCCAGCUUCAGCACACCGCCCGCCUCUGAAGGAGGCAAGCCUCCGUCAGAGAAGGCCGCAGGAGCCAAAAGAGCACCUGGGAAAGGCUACUACGGCUACGGCUACAACGGCUAUUUCGGUGGAUAUCCUGAAGGAAGAGACUGGGAAUGGCCUGGCUACUGGGGCGUCAUGCCGUCAUACCUUCCCGCCUACUGGGGCAAAGGCCGUGAGAAGCCCCGCGCAGGAUACAAGGAGCACGAGUCCAUUCAAAAUCGGGCAUCGAAGCCGCCCGUCAGCAAGACUACAGAGGACCUGGGUACGGAGCGUUGGCAGUGACUGCCGUAUCCACCAGUAAUAUCUUUCGCAAGGGUAACACUUGCCCUGCAUACCUUGUGCCACAAGGGCCGUCAAAGUAUUUCUCAUGCAGCCCGUUGCCUGUGUGUCUCUCAAGCUUUGACCUUCCUUUCCUGGUAGUGGCAUCUGCUAGUAGAGUCAGAUUCUCAUGGUGACACACACACACCCCCGUUUCACCGAGCAAAAGCUCAACACAUAGAGUCUCGGACAGGGCUUAGCACGGCUUAGCAGGGCUUGGCAGGGCUUUAGCAACGCUCAGCCCCGCGACGCGUGACAGUUAACUUCG